AUGGCUGCCCAGUGCGACACUUUAAGCGGAUACUUGCAGCAGUCGGACCAGGGCUCAAACAGCGAGCGCAGUACCGACUCUCCUCUCCCGGGAUCAGAGGAAGAUCUGAGCGGACCCCAUCCGCUGCCAGACCCGGAGUGGACUGAGGAGAGGUUUCGAGUGGACCGCAAGAAGUUAGAAGUCAUGUUAUUAGCUGCCUCUGAGGGGAGAGUCAACGGAGGGGAGGAUUUCUUUCAGAAGAUCAUGGAUGAGACCCAAACACAGAUAGCCUGGCCAUCCAAACUGAAAAUCGGGGCCAAGUCUAAAAAAGAUCCUCACAUCAAGGUGUGCGGGAAGAGGGAGAAUGUGAGGGAAGCCAAAGACAGAAUUAUGUCUGUGCUUGACACAAAGAGUAACAGGGUAACUCUGAAGAUGGAUGUCUCCCAUACGGAACACUCCCAUGUUAUUGGCAAAGGUGGCAACAACAUCAAGAGAGUGAUGGAGGAGACUGGGUGCCACAUCCAUUUCCCCGACUCUAACAGGAACAACCAGGCAGAGAAAAGCAACCAGGUGUCCAUUGCAGGCCAGCCAGGAGGGGUUGAGGCAGCUCGAGUAAAAAUAAGGGAGCUGCUCCCUCUAGUGCUGUCUUUCGAGCUUCCAGCCAUUAUGCAGUCUGACCCCAGCUCACCCACCGUGCAGCACAUCUCGCAGACCUACAACCUCACAGUCUCCUUCAAGCCCCCAACACGCCUGUAUAGGGCCACUGGUGUGGUCCGUGGCUCACAGAAUAACGCCAACGCGGUCAAGCGGGGUACAGCUUUGCUGUUGGAGCACUUGGCUGGUAGCCUGGCAAGUACCAUCUCAGUCACCACCCACCUGGAUAUUGCCCCCCAGCACCACCUCUUCAUGAAGGGCCGCAAUGGCAGCAACAUCAAGCACAUCACCCAGAGGACGGGAGCCCAGAUCCACUUCCCUGACCCCAACAGCCCCCAAAAGAAAUCCACAGUCUACAUCCAGGGCACCAUUGAAUCGGUCUGCCUGGCACGGCAGUACCUCAUGGGCUGCUUGCCUCUGGUGCUUAUGUUCGACAUUAAAGAGGACAUUGAGGUGGAGCCUCAGUGUAUCACAGCACUAAUGGAGCAGCUGGAUGUCUUCAUCAGUAUCAAACCCAAGCCAAAACAGCCCAGCAAGUCUGUGAUAGUCAAGAGUGUGGAGAGGAAUGCAGUGAACAUGUACGAAGCCCGAAAAUUCCUCUUGGGUCUCGAGAGCAAUGGGGUGUCUUCCUCCUCACCAUCUGUGGCGUUGAAUACCGCCACCAACCAGUCCCCGUCCCUCAUCUGCCCCGUUGGCCUGGACAUCCUGGCCUCAGCUGGCCUGGGGCUGAGCAAUCUGGGUUUUCUGGGUGCGACAGCAGCCCAUUCCCUCACCAAUUCUGCUGCCCCAAACGCUGUCCUCAACAGCUUAAACUCCUCCAUGAGCCCUCUGCAGACCCCAAGCCCAAGUACACCCACCCCCUCCCCUUCCCUCUGGCCCAGUCCUCUCACCAAUACCCAAGGCUUCUCAUCUCAACUAAUGCUGCACCCUGCCACCCAGGCCACCCUGAGUAGCAUCCUGCUGUCAGGUGUGCAGGGUUACACACAGAGUACACCAUCUCCUCCACCUGGCCUGGCCCCCAUAGACAAGCAGCCCAACGGGGUCCCUGACUGCACCAAGGGCCCCUGCACUCUCAACGGUGUUGUCAAGCACCCUGGCUCAGUCUAUGGGAGGAUAGCAACUGCAUCACUUGCAGAAACUGUCUUGAGUCCAGCCCCAUGUGACUCGGUCCAGGAGGCCAGCGGACACAAUCCAUCAGAGCCGCUGUCCAGCAAGUCCAGCCCAGAUGAAGGCUCUGACACAUUUGUGGAAGUGGGCAUGCCCAGAAGCCCCUCUCACUCGGCCAACGGGAGUGAGCUGAAGCAGAUGCUGGCUUCAUGUAAGACGUCGUCAGGGAAGCGACAAGCUGUGGAGCUCCUGCAGGGCACCAAGAACUCCCAUCUACACUCUGACUGUCUCCUUUCUGACACUGAGUCCAGUUCAUCAGACAGUCCUGUAGCUGAUAAGAGGGCACCAGGUAGUGAGCGGGCAGCUGAGAGGGCAGCACAGCAGAACGAGAGGGAGAGAAUCAGACUGGCACCACAGACAUCCUUUGCCAACAUGCAGGCAUUUGACUAUGAACAAAAAAAGCUGCUAGCAACCAAAGCUAUGUUGAAGAAGCCUGUGGUGACUGAGGUGCGGACCCCCACCAACACUUGGAGUGGUCUUGGUUUCUCAAAGUCGAUGCCAGCCGAGACAAUCAAGGAGUUGCGGAGAGCCAAUCAUGUCCCAUACAAGCCCAGCAUGAGCACCACCUAUGAGGGUUCCCCACUGUCCUUGUCUCGAUCCAGCAGCAGGGAAGGCGUGGGAAACGGCAGUGACUCUGACAACUGGCGAGAGAGGAACGGCACUGGUAACGGUCUGCCGAGCCACACCGAGUUCCCCACUGCUGUCAGCAGCCCAAAGAGGAAGCAGAACAAAUCUGUUGCAGAGCAUUAUCUCAGCAGCAGCAACUACAUGGACUGCAUCUCUUCAGUAACCGGCAGCAACGGCUGCAGCCUGAACUCAUCUCUGAAAGGUUCAGACCUGCCUGAGCUCUUCAGCAAACUGGGCUUGGGGAAGUACACAGACGUCUUCCAACAACAAGAGAUUGACCUCCAGACAUUCCUAACUCUAACAGACCAGGACCUGAAGGAAUUGGGCAUCACUACCUUUGGAGCCCGCAGGAAAAUGCUGCUCGCCAUCUCAGAACUAAAUAAAAACCGGAGGAAGCUAUUUGAGCCACCCAUCAGAUCUUCCUUUCUGGAAGGGGGAGCGAGUGGUCGCCUCUCCCGUCAGUUUCAUGCAGACAUGGCCAGCGUCAGUGGGCGAUGGUAGGUGCCGUCAGACCUCCAGGCUAUCCCAGA